AUGUGUGUCGUCUGCUUCGUGAAGACGCUGGUGCACGUGUUCAAGAUCUACCUGACUGCCAACUACACCUACAACUUCCGCGGCUGGCCGGUGGACUUCCGCUGGGAUGACGUGGGCGCGGGCGCGGGCGGCAGCAGCCACUGCGCGCUCACGUGCACGGCGGCCGCGGCGGGCGUGUGGCUGCUGCAGGACGCCGCGCUGGGCGGGGGCGCGCCCGGGCGGCCGCUGCACGCGGCGCGCAGCCAGCUGCAGUGCCUUCUGCAGCAGAUCCGGGAGCUGCCCGGCCAGCUGGCCAGCUACGUGCUGGCCCACUCGCUGGGCCGCUGGCUCGUGUACCCGGGCUCCAUGUUCCUGAUGACCCGAGCGCUGCUGCCGCUGCUGCAGCAGGGCCAGGAACGCCUGGUGGAGCGCUACCACGGCCGGCGAGCCAAGCUGGUGGCCCGAGAUGGCAACGAGAUCGACACCAUGUUCAUGGACCGCCGCCAACACCCGGGCAGCCAGGGCCGCGGCCUGCGCCUGGUCAUCUGCUGUGAAGGCAACGCCGGCUUCUAUGAGAUGGGCUGCCUGUCGGCGCCGCUGGAGGCUGGCUACUCGGUGCUGGGCUGGAACCACCCGGGCUUCGGGGGCAGCACCGGUGAGCCGUUCCCUCAGCACGAUGCCAACGCUAUGGACGUGGUGAUCAAGUACGCCCUGCACCGUCUGCGCUUCCCGCCUGCGCACGUGGUGAUCUAUGGCUGGUCCAUUGGCGGCUUCACAGCCACCUGGGCCACCAUGACCUACCCGGAACUGGGUGCACUGGUGCUGGAUGCCACCUUCGACGACCUCGUGCCUCUGGCCCUGAAGGUCAUGCCCCAGAGCUGGAAGGGACUGGUGGUGCGCACCGUGCGCGAACACUUCAACCUCAAUGUCGCGGAGCAGCUAUGUAGCUACCCGGGGCCGGUGUUGCUGCUUCGGCGAACUCUGGAUGACGUGGUCAGCACCUCGGGCCACCUGCGCCCCCUGCCGUCCGGCGACGUGGAGGGCAACCGCAGUAACGAGCUGCUCCUGCGCCUGCUGCAGCACCGCUACCCGAUGGUGAUGGCGAGUGAGGGCCAGGCCAUCGUGACCCGCUGGCUGCGCGCCGCUAGCCUGGCACAGGAAGCUGCUUUCUAUGCGCGCUACCACGUGGAUGACGACUGGUGCCUGGCAUUGCUACGCUCCUAUCGCGCUCACUUCAAGGACAAGCAAGAGGACGAGGAGGUCUGGGGACCGCAUGGGCUCGCCUUCCCGUGGCUAGUGGGCCAGGACCUGAGCUCGCGUAGGCGCCGGCAACUUGCGCUGUUCCUGGCGCGCAAACACCUCAAGAACCUGGAAGCGACUCAUUGCAGUCCGCUAGAACCUGAGGACUUCCAGUUGCCCUGGAGACUGUAG